ACUGUUUACAGGUAUGUUGCUGUCGGAGAUGAGCCUUUCCUGCAAAGUUAUGGUGACCAGUUUCAUCCAUUUGUAAUUGGAGCAGCAACAAACAUCCAGACAGCCUUGAUCAGGGCAAACUUGGCAAGCGAGGCGAAGGUCGUGGUUCCUUUCAGUUCUGAUACCAUCCAGUCAGAAUCCAACCUGCCCUCAAAAGGGCAUUAGUCUGAUCUCAACAAAACCAUGAGCCACCUCCUCACAUUUCUCAACAAGCAUCACUCGCCUUUCUUUGUGAACAUCUCACCUUUCCUGAGUCUCCACCGGAACAAGAACAUAUCCCUCGACUUCUCCAUCUUCAAAGAAACCGCACAUCCUCACAGUGACAGCCACAGAACCUACAAAAAUAGCUUUGACUUGAUCUAUGAUACUGUGGUUACUGCAUUAUCAACAGUUGGAUAUCCGGAAAUGGAUAUUGUUGUUGGGCAGAUUGGUUGGCCUACUGAUGGAGCAGCCAAAGCUACCUCAUCCGUAGCAGAGACCUUCAUGAAAGGCCUCAUAAGGCACCUCCAGAGCAAAUCAGGAACCCCACUGAGGCCUCGAGUUCCACCAACUGAAACAUACAUCUUUUCCCUCUUAGAUGAGGAUCAAAGAAGCAUAGCCGCAGGAAAUUUUGAAAGGCAUUGGGGUCUGUUCACCUUUGAAGGCCAAGCCAAGUACCAUGUAGACCUAGGCCAGGGAUCAAGAAACCUAGUAAAUGCACAGAACGUCAACUACCUUCCUUCCAGAUGGUGUGUUGUGAACAACAAUCGAGACUUGUCCAACGCAACUGCUAGUGCAUCAGAGGCAUGCUCAGUCGCAGACUGCACUGCUCUAUCUCCUGGCAGCUCCUGUUUCAACAUCAGUUGGUCCGCAAGCAUAUCUUAUUCAUUCAACAGCUACUACCAGCAACAUAAUCAACAAGCAGCUAGCUGUGACUUUGGUGGGUUGGGUUUGAUCACUACUGUCGACCCAUCAAUGGAGAAAUGCAGAUUUUCUAUUCAGCUCCACACUUCUCAUUCGUCCUCGCUUCAUCUUCUCCACCAAAUGCUCUUGGCAGCAGCAACCAUUUUGGUAUGUUUUUCCCAGUUUUAACAUCAUACAACAAUUCCAGUAAGAGUUCUUUCAGUCAUUUUCAUCAAAAAGCCUCCUGUUGUGGAUGUCUUCUGGGGUUGUGCAAGGUUCAACUGUUCAAGUUUUGUUUGCUCUAUUUUUAGAUGGAAAAGAGAGGGGGGAAUGAAAUGGCUUUGAGGUUCCACUCCUUGUUCACUUCAAAGCUCUGUGAUUGUUCCCAUUUGUAAUGGGAUUUAGCUGUUCACUGAAAAUUUCCAGAGUAGAAAGUGCCAUCUCAAUCUAUUAGCAUCCUGUGAAGCCAUCCUCUUUUUUUUUUUUGCUAAUUUCUGUAUUAUUUUUC